UUCGGUUGCUACCGGAGAGAAGCGUGAGUUAUGUCGGCGAAGGAGAUCGCUGUCGGGAGCAGUUCAAUCAACGGUGGAGAUCCAUGUCCGAUUUGCCUUGGACCCAUACUCCAAGAAUCUUAUCUUGAUACUUGUUUCCACAAGUUUUGUUUCAGAUGUAUCAAACAAUGGAUUAAAGUAGUUUCAAGCAAGGUUACAAAGCAGUUGUCUUCUGUUAAAUGUCCUCUCUGUAAGACGGAUAAUAUCUCAAUCAUACACAACUUCGAUGGGCACUCUUUUGACCGGCAUUAUGUUGACCCUAAUACUACAGAUGGCUUUGUCUUAACAAAAGAACAGAGAUAUAGAUUGCAAUGUUACUACACCGAGUCAGGUUUAUUGGCGGAUGUGUUUGACGUUUCUCGGUUUUGGAAACUGAAGAACUUACUCCAGCCAAAUAAAUGGCUUGAAUCCUGGUUAAGAAGGGAGCUUCAAGCUCUGAUGCAGGAGGAGGAUGUUGAUAUUGUUCUGCAUCAUCUAGCCGGUGUAUUGGAUUCUUUCUGCAAAAGAACCGAACAGAGACACAAGCAAGAAACAAGAAGCACAGAGACCUUCCAAGAACAGUUCAAAUCAGUCAUGGCAGAGGCGGCUCGUCCCUUUUUAACGGCGAGAACAGACCGGUUUGUGGAUGAGUUAGAACUCUUCCUAGCAUCAGGGAUAAACAGAGACGCUUACGACGCAGUUUAUAAGCAGAGAUUAGAUAAGAACAACUCAAGAGAGAUCAGUGUAGCUAAUGAAGCAAUAGAAGAAGAAGAAGAGAACAGAAGAACAAGAGUUCCUCCUAGCUUGUUGCUCCUUUUUGAGGAAGACUCUGACUAAGGCAAUGUAAAGGAAACACACAACUCAUAGGGCUUCAAGUGUCUUGUACUGAUUACAUGUGUAUUGAUCUGUGCUUUACUUGUGUGUAAAGUUAUCGCCAUUGCCCUCACAAAACCAUUUAUUCAGACAUUUUUUUACAUUAUUCAUUAUACAACAAACAC